UCGCUAAGCGAUGACAAGAUAUUCAUUUAUUUGAUUGGAGGGGGGAAAAUUUAUAACCUAUACGCGCACAACUCCGUUACGAAUUCAAAAUGGCGUAUUAUCGAUGACAGAAAAAACGUAGGCGAAUUUACGUUUCGACGUUGUGCUAAAUUCGUCGUUUGUGUUUCUAUAUUUGGUGAAUUUAAUUGUCUUGCCAGGAAAGUAAGAAACAGAAAGAGGUUAUGACACUAUUCCCGUGUGUGUCAUUCUAGGAAGUUCGUUAUAUAUUCAUAGUCGAGGUACGGAUUUAAUAAUGCAGGAAAUCGUCCUAGCAGCCUUCUCCGUGAUAUCGAGUCUACUCAUAGUAUUUGGCCUGGUGCUGCUGGGUAAGAACGACAGAUAGUAACGUUCCGUUAUUGCUGCGCGGUAUGCAGAGAGUUUCGAAACCUUGUUACCCGAGCUGUCGAAUAGUCAUAUAGUUUCGAAGUCGAAGGUUGGUAUUUAGUUUGGAAAUUUUUCCUUUCACGGUUCAGAUUCGUUCGAGAAUUAUUGGGUGGAAUGAGUGAAUCCUCGUCUGUCAAUGAUUUAAAGAACGGUAGAUCACGUAUCAAAAAAAUUCGCAGGGACUAAGGCCCAGUUAAUUCGAACCGAUAACUUACUAGGCAAUAUUCAAGGAGUCUUCUAAGGAAAGAACCGACCAAAGUAAAUUUGUCUUUCAUUUGUAUAUCUAUAAUAUUUUAACUUGCGAAAAUGUCUAUAAAUAUACGCUGUGCAACAACAGAUGAUUUGUUAAAUAUACAACAUUGUAACUUACAAUGUUUACCUGAAAAUUAUCAAAUGAAAUAUUAUUUGUAUCAUGCACUUUCUUGGCCACAAUUGAGUUAUGUAGCCGAGGAUGAAAAAGGCAGGAUAGUAGGAUAUGUCCUUGCUAAAAUGGAAGAGGACUGUGAGGAUAAUCCACAUGGACACAUUACUAGUUUGGCAGUAAAAAGAUCUCAUAGAAGACUUGGUAUUGCACAAAAACUGAUGAAUCAGGCCUCUAGAGCAAUGGUUGAAUGUUUUGGAGCAAAAUAUGUUUCCCUACAUGUUCGUAGAAGUAACCGAGCAGCUUUAAAUCUAUAUACAAGCAGCUUACAAUUUGAAGUGUCAGAAGUUGAACCUAAAUAUUAUGCCGAUGGAGAAGAUGCAUAUGCUAUGAAACGGGAUCUUAGCAGUUUCCAUAUGGAAAAAAAUGCAGCAAAAGAGAAAGCUAACAAGGAUGGCAAUACGCACACACAUACUGGCAGAUGCUGCGAUCGUUCAUAGUCAGCUUUGAACAUUUAUUUAUAAUUAGGUUCCAAUUGAUUUCUUGCAUUAUUAGUUUCAUACUUCUUAGAACUAAAUUUGUCACACAUGGGUAUUUUUCAUAAAUGAAUCUGUAUGAAAAGAACGGAAAUAUUGUAAAUCAAGCAUUACAGCUUGUAUAUUUGAUGUGUACAUUUUACUAUUGCAACAACUUCGCAAAUACUUAAACAGUGUGAUCCAAAAUUGGCUCUGGCCUGUUAUGAGGGUUCCUUCACUGCAUAUCCAUUCUUCUUAUGCAAAUUGUGGUCUACUAGUCAAGAAUGUCAGUAAAUACAAUUUUUUAAGGAGACAGUUAAGUGAUUUAAGUUAAGAAUAUCUUAAGUAUAUAAAUAUAAUGUAGCCCAUUUAUUUGGAUUUAUUCAUUAAAUAUAGAAAAAAUUGUUCUUUUAUGAUUGUAUUUAGAAAAAUACUUUACUGACAGUCUUGACAUGAUUAGCAAACCACAACCUGUGUUAACUAAUUUUGGAUUACUCUAUACUACAGUAUUUGUGUUCAUUCGAGCCUUACUUAAGACAUAUGAAAUGUUUUAUAUGUACUACUACGAAGAGGUGUAUUUGUUAAUAAUUAUGAAAGGAGUAGACAACAGACGUCUAAACUAUUGUAUGUACUUCAUCAUAAAUUGAGUUAAAAUGUUUCUAAUGAAUGUAUUUGCGUGUAGUUAAUUGAUAUAUCAUGUUAUUUAUGACCCAUGAAUCUUAAUAUAAUAAAGAAACUAAACUGAAGAAA